AUGAUGGAACAAUCUUCAUUAGUCGAUGCAAUGCUCGAUCAUCGUAAUGAUUUAAGUGAUGUAAAGAGUGUUGAUUCAGUAUUUAGUAGUGAUAGUGGAGUUAUGGCAACAUCAGAAAUAUUUGAAAAUGAUUUACAAUCAAUAACAACAGAAAAAUUAUUCAAUGAAUUACAACGUGUUAAAGAAGAUCUUCAAUCUAAAGAUAGUGAAAUUCGUCGAGCAAAUGAAAUACGUGAAAAUACAAAUCGAGAAAUCGAAGAUUUAACAGCAUCAUUAUUUGAAACUGCACAUUCAAUGGUUGAACAAGCAAAAUAUGCUCAAGCAAAUGCCGAACAAAAAUUACAAAUCAAACAUCUUGAAAAUAGUCAAUUAAAAAAAACUGUUAAUGAAUUAAAACAAAUUUUAAAUACAUGUCGUUUAUCAUUUAAUAUGUCAACAACUAAUAAUAGUGUAAAUUAA